AUGGCGGUCGUCAACAAGAAUGAGCUCGAGAACGUCGAAAAUGAAGUCGAGCUUGUGUUUGCGGUCGCUGACAAUCUCACUGCCAAACUCGUGAAGGGAUGGGCGAAGGGCGAGCGCAAGACUUUCCUGGAAUCUCAUUUGGAGUCCUACAAGGCUGCCCUCCUCGUCUCUUCCGACAAGGCCGACAAACUCCUCGAUAACAUCGUCAACCUUUGGUUCGCGAAAUUCCAUUGGUCGAUCCCAGUCUCGCAACCAUAUCUCUACAAGCCGCUUCUCAUCCCUGUCGGCCCCGAUGGAUUCGAAAUUCUAACGGAUGAACAAGCCCAGCUCAAGAAAGAUGUAAUCAAGCGAAUGCGGAUGUCCUCAGGAUUUUUGGACAGGACUAGUCCCAGGAAUGAUGCAUUUGAUGAGUCACAUGACCCAUGA